AUGGGAGAUUUCGGGAUCCCUGACACAGGUCUCGAGCAAGGUAGACGAAAUGAAGUGCCACCCUUUUCCCCAACCACCGUUGGGACUCCGCGGAGGGAUGACCUGAGGACCGAUGGAGGAGACAGGAACUUUCAGGAGUACAUCGAUAGAAACGAUGCCGAACUCAAACGAUUACACGCUAUUAUGCACAUGGCAACAAGCGCAGCCCCAAAUAUCGACCUCGCUAUAGAGGAAACCCGAAGGACUCCCUUCAGAGAAAGAAUCUCGGGAAUGAAGCUAAGCAUCGUUGGAAAAAUGAAGUUCCCCGAGUACUCUGGAAAAUCAGACCCUAAAGCUCAUAUCCGAGCCUUUAGACUCGCAAUAUCCAGAGCGCAUCUCAACAACGAUGAAAAACAAGCGGGUUAUUGUCGUUUCUUCGCAGAGAACCUCGCAGGCUCCGCCCUAGAAUGGUUCGCCGGCCUAGAAGAAAACUCGAUUGAUAACUUCACACAACUAGUGUCGGCAUUCCUAAAGCAAUACUCAGUGUUCAUAGAAACCAGAACGACCGAAGCCGAUCUAUGGAAGCUCAAACAAGCAUCCUUCGAGCCUCUAAGAGCAUACAUAAACAAAUUUAGAGAAAUCAAAGCCAAAAUCGCAAACCUAAACGACGGAGUGGCUCUUGCCGCCUUAAAGAAUGGCGUGUGGUUCUCCUCUAAAUUCAAAGAAGAAAUGUCAGUCAGGGCCCUGGUAUCACUAGACGACGCGCUGCAUCGAGCAUCGUACUUCGCAGCCUACGAAGAGGACAUAGCUAACUUGAAAGAGCAAUUCUUGGCAACCAAAAAUGCCGCCAGCAAAAAGACUUCGGCAACUAAAGAAGCACCGACCAAAGGUCAAUAUUCUUACGCAAUAGACAACUUCACGAGAAACAAAUCAUCAACUUUCGAUCUAAACAAGCAUUGCGACUUCCACAAACGAAAAGGACAUUCCACUGAAGAAUGUCGCGCUGCUUUACUCGAAAAGGAGAGAAGAGAGGAGGAAGAAACUCCCAAGAGGACGAACUCCCUUCGACUCCAAAAAGCGACAAAAAACCCGAAAACGUCCUCCCACAAGAGGUCUCGGGAAGUAGUGGGUCGACAUGAUCUCGCUACAUACCAACAGGUGAGAACGAUACGGCGUCCAGGGUACGACGGCGACCUCGACGCAAAGAAGCAUAACAAUCACCAUACAAAUCCCUGGACUCCACGAAGAAUUCGAGCUUGUACCAAAAAACAGCCGAUCAAGCCAAAACUAACCGAUAAAGUCUCAAAACUCAGAAAGCACUUAGAGGAAAUGAGGCCAUAUGAACUCAGGAACCGAAAUAAAAACAGCAUGCAGCAGCCCAACUACAAGCUGUCUGGGGGCAAAGGCAAUACCAGUCCGCAUGGAGAAAGAAAUGGCUCCCCCCCACUAUCAACAGUCGGAUCAUACGACGUAUCGAUUUCAUAUAUGGAGGGUCAAAAUUUUGCAACUCCGUCAACUCAAUUAAAGCCCACCAGCGGAGAGCCGAAAGACCUCUAA